AUACUGGUAAUCGAUACUACAGGGCGCGCUACAAAACACUAGUGGAAGAUGACAUUGACAAUGUGACUGUCUAGGAAUCGUCCAAUUUCCAACCUGUCCUGGUCUGGUCUCUUUUUUAAUCCCAGCCCGAUAUAAGUAAGACAUAUUGGGAAUUCUUGGUAGGAGUUCUGUUCUCAAUAUGUCCUCACAACCACCACAACGGCCCAGGCGAAAUGCGUCUCCAAGAGCGGGACCUCAGCCUAUGCGAGCAACGUUACCAGUCACACUACAGGUCAGACAGAGCAGUCCAACACGGUCUAGCAACGGGCGACGCUCAAGUCCUGCGCUGGCGUCAUCACCUACACAGCCAUGGACCACAGGAGAAAACCACCAUAAAGUCAAACAUAGACGGUCGCCUGAUCACAGAGCCUCACCGGAAAGAAGUCCAAGUUCACCAGGUUUCAGGGUUGAGAAGCCUAAAGCAGUACGAGCAAGUCCUAUUCGUCGCACCAACUCUCUUGAUACAAUAGCAGUGCCAUACUUGUCAGGUUACUGGCCACGGUCUGAGGCAGUUACAUGUCCUGUUUCUACCACCUCAUCCUUAUCCAACAGUCAUGAGCCUAAUCAGAAAGACCAGUCAACACAGACAGAGGAAAUAGACAGAAAAGGUUCAUCCCACAAGAGAUCGUCAUCAUGGGGAAGUGCAGACAAUCUGAAAGAGAAACUACGACAACAGCUACGUAAACAGGGUAGUCGCCAAUCUACUGCCAACACACAGCGUGCUUCACCUGUACAUGCUAAUCAUUCCACUGCUGCAACAUACACAGCGCCCUCCAGCAGUCCAGCAGCACCAACCAAUCAGCCUUUACCUCGGUCUUCUGCCAUCCCAGUCCCAAAUAAUUCCUUGAAGGCACCUACUCCUAAGAUCCGAGGAAGUGUGGAAGGUUUGAAUCAAGAGAUUGAGAGACUAGUGUUGCAAGGAGUACGCCGAGAAGAUGAUACAGAUAAGCGAGGCGUUAUCAUACAAACUCAGGAAGUGACGUUGGAUGGUCGUCGUGCACCCCCUCCUGUUCUAGCAAGUAUUGAUACUGGUACACAAACCCCUGCUGAGAACCAGGAUGAUGGCAAUAUCAGUGAAGAGAAUGGUAGUAGAGGAUCAGGCAGUCGCAGUCACUCAGUAUCACCAACAUUUCAAAUGGAUGGUUCACCAUCUCGACCUUCUAGUAGGUCAAGCUCUACGGGUAACGGCGAGGUCAAAGGGGAAAAGGGAGAAGCAUCGCCAGAUUUCCAUGGUGGCAAGUAUGCAUCAUCGCCUAGUCACAAUAGAUCCUAUCAGCUAACCAGAGACCCACCUGAUGGCUGUGAAAAAGUGCGCUCCAUUGAAGAGCCAAGUCGAAUUCCACUGUUCAUUGAGGGUGAUCUUGAGUAUUGUCCAGACAAGAAAGUAUCUUUCAAGCUCAAACCCAGCGAUAGCUCAGCAUUCUGCCCUCUACCCAACUACCCACCUGGGGAAUUUACUAAAGCCCUACAAGCUACAGUUGCUGCCACACAAACACAGAAUGCUGCAUGUGGAGAAUAGCUACCGCUCAAAUCAUGGAAUUCAUCAUUGUGCAAGUGAAGAUAAAUGUAACAUUGAUGACAUGAUGAACUAAGGGGAAACACAGUUUGAGAGGAAGUAGUACAAACUUACUGGUCCCAAGAUGCUUCCUGAUUUGACCCACACAGAGCGAAGAACUCUGUCAAAAUUGCUGAACGCUGAGGGACACGUCAUGGUGUAAUUCCCUACAAAUAUUUCACUUCAUACAUAUGCAUAAAGCUGAAUGGUUUCCACCAAAAAGAGCUUUAAGGGGUAAGGAGUUUUAUGAGAAGUGUGCUUCUAAUAGGGAACUUUAUCAAUUGUUAUUAAUAUGACUGAAGUGUACUAAACAUGAAGUGUCCCUAGGUAGGGAUAUCCAUUGGUAAACCAUUGCAGGGUUACGUCUUGAGUUCUAGCUGCCUAGGCUUGCAUGCAAUGAACUGAACAUCUAGAUUACUUCAUACAUUUACUUUGCACAGAUCUUUGGAAUGAAGCCAAUUGGUGAAACUACAUUUAUUGAUGUCAUUAAAUUCUCAUUAAACUUUUGCGUGAAGUACCGGUAUAAACCAAUCUCCGCAUUAAAACUGAUCAGUGAAUGGCCCGAGUGUGUACAUUUGUGAGUUGUACGAACAAAUUUUAACAUUUAAAAUGCUCCCUCCUCCCUCUACUAUUCCAAACUCUGGUGGGCCAUGACCAGGAUAAAACUCUGGCUAAUGGUGAUAUUCUAAGCCCCCUCCAGUCUGAUUUCUGGAUCGGCCCAAGGUCAGAAUUCCUGAGUGCUGAACCCCUGCAUGUAAGGGCAAGUCCAGCUGUUUGACUGCUGCAGACUCUCUGCGGAAUUCCUAAACCAGUCUACAGGGUGAGUCAAGAAGAAUGUGACCUGACUAGUAUUUGAAUCUUCACAUAAUUUGCAUACUCUAAUCUCAAGUUAUGUUUAAUUUAAUAAAAAGAUCACACAAUUCAGCUGGCCUCCACUGAUCAUUUACCGCUUUAUGAACUGAUGCAUACCCCUCGAUUACAAUAAACAUACAAGUUUUCCUGCAUCCAUGAAUGAACAAACACUUGCAGAAAAGCAGACAAAAAUCGCCAUCAAUAUUUUAGAAAAAGAAGAGUUCACAUGUUCCUUAUAUUCAAAGCACAAAGUCUGACAGCAAAAAUAAUGUUUCAUUCUUGACUCAAAUGAUUAAAAUCGUAUUUGAAUGCCUGUGUGAAAUCUGUAAUCACACUCGGCUCAAUUGCUUCCAAUGGCAUUCCACGGACAGCUAUAAAAAUAGGUUAUUUGAGUAAAACAUGCGUAACUUCAUUUGUGUAUCCAGUUUGAUUGCUUUUUAGGAAAAAAAAUCGUUAAUCCAGGUCACUUCUUUGACUCGCCCUGUAUAGUUAAUAAAGCACUUGUUGAAAGUGAAAAACCAACUUUAAUGUUAUUAUAUUGUAUGUUUCUACAUAUUGGGGACUACUUUUGAAAGUAUAAAGUAACUACCGGUAUUACAAGCCAGCAAAAUUACUUGGACCAUAAUAUCAAUGAUUUGCUGGAUCAGACAUACAUGGACAUGUACAUUGAUAUAUUGUUUUGGGUAUGUUUCUGUGAACAUCAGUCACAUUCUCCGGGAUCUGUACUUUGUACUGCAAGUAAUGGUCUUGUGUGCUAGCAUUUUUUUAAAUUUCAUUUUAGUUUGAUCAAGAGAUCUUUUGAAGAAUAUGUAAGGAUCUUAACCAAUGCAACAUUUGAAAUAAGUUUUGUAUGUAUUUAAUGCAGUAUAUAGCAAGUGAAUGUUAACAUAGAUGACCUUUGACCUAGACUAUCUGUGGCAAUGGUCGUUCACAUUGUUAUACGUGUAUUAGAUAUGGACAGAAAAGUCCAAAGUGUAGGUUCACAUAUAUUGCAGUUUUGUUUAAAAGCGUGUUUGUUUUUAUUUUUUUGAAGUUUAGAUGGCUUGAGAUGUUGUACAUGUAUUUUAUUCAAAUAACACAGCCUUUGCUGUAUUCAAUGUAAAUACAUUUUUGGUUUGUUUUUUAUCUAAAAAAAUGUAAUGUGUAAGCUCAGAUGUGUUUAAUGAUUUGUAACUUUGUGUGCAUGAUUUAACAUGUUUGUUAGCAUUACUAUAAUGCAAAGUGCUAUUUUGUUUUUGUUAUUGACUGUUUAGAAAGAAAGGCAAAUAGAAUGAUGGAGGGCCUGUUGUUGAUAUCCUGAGUGGCUUGCUUGACACAUACCUCAUGUUUGUUUAUUGGAGUCAAUACGUUUCCUUUUGUAGGAUAUUUUUAAAUUAACAAGUCCUAGCAUGAUACAGAUGACAAGCCAAAACACUGUUGUGAUGCUACAAAUGUAGAUGAGGCUAGAUAGCAAGAAUGGUGUGACACUUUUUGUUUUGUUUUUAAUAGAUGAUUCUUACCAAAGAGGACAAAUGUUUAUUACCAACAUAUCAAAUGGACCAAUUGUAAAUGAAGUCAAGUAACACGGAUUGAACUUUGCUUUGUUUAAUUAUGUGAAGGCCAACAAAUAAGAUGGUGUUGCAGAGGAUAAUGAGGAUCUAAAGAUGGUCUUAACUUGCAGUGAAGUGACGUAACUAGCUUUGUCUCCAACAUGAUAUGGAAUGGAAAAGUGUUUGUGACAUUGCGAAGUAAUUACCCUUUAUAGCUAGCUAAUACACACAUAGCUACGCACAUGUAUCAGAGCAUAUGUCCACAUUAUGGCACAUCUUUUUGUUUUGAAGUAUAUGUAUUCAUUAUGUCUUUAGGAACUACAUCCAGAAGUGAGCUACUAAUUCACGAUUGAAGAUCCAUAUGAAAAGAGUGAAUAACAUGAUGAACAUUCCAUGAUUGAUCGUAACUCACAAUCCUUCCAACCAACUAUUUCGGAUCAGACUAUGUGUCUUGGACCUUGAUGGAAGGGGGAAAAAUAAGUUUAUGAAAGCACAAAGAUUAGGAAUACAGAGAUUAGGAAUACAAAGAAAAGUCUUGCCUGUUUGUCUGAAACUGACAUGUCCAAUUGUUGAAUGUGUCAGCUUUGUCACAGUACCCUAACAUCUAGGUUUGCAUAAAUUUUGAUAAAAGUAAAAUUUAAGUAACCCUAAUUUAUUCCAUUUCGGCCCCCUUAUUUCUGCCCUUUUGGAUGGACUGGAAAAUAUGACUUUGAUGUUUUUUCUUCAGAAAAUAAGUUUUCAUUAGUGUUCCUAGUGUGUCAAGUUUUUGAUGUAAAACUUUUGCGGCCAUACAUGCUAAGUAUAAGCUGGCUUUUGUUUUUGAAAGUGCCAUGCAAAUACUGAACGAAGAGAAUAUUGGAUGUGAUUAAAAGCCUAAGAAUUAGAGGUAUCUAUUGAAUGUCAGUAUUUGGGCAAAGUACUCCAACUUCAAACUCCAAAAGUGUUGCUGAAUAUAAACUGCCAUCUUCCAAGAUGGUUGAGAAUGCUUAUGUAUCGAUUGUAUUAAGCUAAAUGUUAGUUUAAAAAGCUGUUUCAUUUUAUGUCUUCAAAAUUACUUCACCAGGUUGCCAAUUUUGAUGUUUCCAAUGUAAAAUAUUUUCUUGGCAUUAAUGAUUACAUUCGCUCUUGAUGUUCUGAUUUCAAGUUCAAUUUGGGAGCAAAGUUUUACCAAUAAGUCUUAUUUGGUCUGUUGAUUUGAAAUGUAGUUUUAGUCUUGAUGAACAAAAAAUCAGUUCUGGAGAUGAAGUAACAUUUUCUGUGGACAUAGUUGUUGAGAAACACCCGUACUUAAAAGAGAAAGACAAAAUAAAUGAGUCUGGAUUGGAUAGUG